CUGUGGUCAGGGAGGGAGCCCUGGCAUCAGGGUGUGUUGCUAUGGAUGGGACCAGCGUGGUGAUGCGCAGGAGGGCAGAGAGGGCUGGAAAAUACUCUCCCAGGCCCGGUGUGUGCCCUGGCACGGCCCGGGUGCGAUGCAGGGGGCACACGCGUGUCCCCCCACCGGGCGCAUCUCUGCCACGGGCAUGAGAACCCUGCGGCGGCCAGCACCGCCGGCCCGGACGAGCCAAACCGCGGAGGGCAGGGCAAGGGAGGAGGCUGUCCCGGCCAGCCCGGCCUCUGAAGGACAGCCUUCCUCCCGGCCGCCCUCCCAAACCGGAGCGGGACCUUCCCCGGAAACUUCCAUGCUAGAAUAUUGUCACCUCCAGUUCAUCAUUCAGCAACAUCUGACACUUCAAAGCCUGGAGCGGCUCUUUCUGCUGCAUGACUCUGCCUUGAAUUGACAUACGAGACAUCUGAAGCCAUCCUCUGCUUCCUGAGCCAAGGGAUUUGUUACGAUGCAUUUCUCAUGGACCUGUGCAGUGUGUGUUCAGCAGAGCCUGCUCUAGCCUAAGAACUGAAGAAGUCAAGACAAUCAAGAUGACCAGCGAACCUAUUAAAGAGAUCCUGGGUGCUCCAAAGCAUCCUGACUCUGUAACCACGGAGAAGAGUAAUAACAAUGACUGUGUGAUAACCACCAUCCCUCUCGUCAGUGAAUGCCAGCUGACGGCAGCAACAGGGGGAGCAGAACUCUCCUGCUACCGCUGUACCGUCCCCUUUGGUGUGGUGAUCCUCAUAGCUGGCAUUGUGGUUACUGCUGUGGCCUACAGCUUCAAUUCCCAUGGAUCCAUCAUCUCCGUGUUCGGAUUAGUCCUCUUGUCAUCAGGACUCCUUUUGCUGGCUUCUAGUGCAGUGUGCUGGAAAAUCAGGCAGCAAAACAAGAAAGCAAAGAGGCGGGAGAGCCAGACAGCGCUUGUGGCAAAUCAGCGAACCCUGUUUGGUUAAAGACAAGCAAGAGAAGGCUGGACAGAAGACAGAACCUUUGUAAGUCAACUUGACUAUUUAUCAAUAGGAGAGAUUGCAGGUUUUAAUUUAACUUUGGAAGUGAACUGAAAUGAAAAUGGAAUGGAUUAAGAAAUAACGCUUAAAAACUCUGCAAGUGCUCUUAAUAUUUUUUUUACUGCAGACUUAGUAGUGAUUCUUUCCAAGACAGAGGAAAAAACACUUUUCCUUCACAGAAAACAGUGGCGUCAUGACUGCAAUCAUCGUAACUGCGUUCUCCAACCAUGCCGAUCAUAUUGGAAAGGGAACUUGUGAGAACUAAGAAAAUAAUUUGAACUGAUUUGAAAUGCUAGAGAUCUCCUUAAAAUACAUACUGUGACAUUUGACGAAGGGAGAAGUCAUAACAUUUGAAAUGACUACAAGCUUACAGCCAGGUUGUUUGUGACAUAAAUUGUAGCUCAAAAAAAAAAAAAAAGGCAAUAACAACCGAACACACUGCAGAUUGCUCAAUAAGCUGAUUCUUAUAUUUUACGUAACUUUCCCCUCCCAAUAUCUGUGGUACUUUCCCCCUUUUUUAAACCAACUAAUAUUAAUUUUGUUUUACUAUUGAAUAGAAAUAGGUAGAAAUGUGUAAUUAUAUUGUCUAACCUAAAUAACGAGGUAUGAUUAUAGCUUAAAACAUGAGACAAUUUUUUGUAAAUUAAAGUGGUCAGGUUUAGCACUUUUGAUUAUUUUGCUAUAAAAUUAAAGAGUAAAUGUCAUUAAAAUAAUA